GUUGUCAAAUAAAAAUCCGCCGCUUGCACUGUUGCAAUAGCAAAGCAAAAAUGGCGAUCCGAUCGCCGACUUUCUUCGUCAAGAAAGCAGUCGCUUCAUCGUCCCUUUCGACAUUCUACGUUUUCACUCGAGCUUAUUCAUCGACAGAGGAUCCAAUAACCGGCGCCGACAAGCUGUCUCUGCCCGAAGGACUCAAACGAGAGCUGAUGCCGCGGCACGUCGCCGUCAUCAUGGACGGGAACUCGAGGUGGGCAAAGCAGAGAGGACAGCCGCAGGUUUUCGGCCAUGAGGCCGGUAUAAAAUCUGUAACAGACCUCACAGACCUAUCUUGCAAAUGGGGGAUUUCUGUCCUCUCUGUUUACGCCUUCUCCUACGAGAACUGGAAGCGCUCAAAGGAGGAGACUGAUUUCUUGAUGAUGCUGAUUGACAGAUGGCUAAGAUCAGAAUUGGAGAACUAUAUAAGAAAGGGUAUUCGUUUUUCCAUGAUUGGUGACCUUUCAAGCCUGCCCAAGUUUCUGCAAGACACAAUUGCAAAAGUAGAAGAAUCUACAAGGGCUAAUUCAAGACUCCAUCUUGUAGCUGCAAUAAGUUACAGCGGACGUCGUGACCUCCUAAAGGCAUGCAAGAACAUAGCAGAGAAGGUAAGGGCCAAGUCAAUGGAACCCGAAGACAUAAACGAGAGCUUGAUCGACCAGGAAUUGUCGACCAACUGUACACUUUACCCAAACCCGGAUCUUCUCAUAAGAACAAGUGGGGAACUCAGACUAAGCAACUUCUUCUUGUGGCAGUUGGCCUAUUCUGAGCUCUUCUUCUCCGAUGCACUGUGGCCUGAUUUUGGAGAAGAGGAUUUCUUAAAGGCCUUGAGAUCCUACCAACACAGACAAAGGCGUUAUGGUGAACGAGUUCAAUAAAGCAUAUCUUAUUAGUUAAUUUAUUGGUGGUAAAU